GGCCAGCCGACCCUUCAAAUAAAACCCUUGUCACUCCCACAAAAUUUUUCCCCUCCUUUCUCCAAGCCUUCCUUCCUUUCACGAUGUUCUCCAUCCUCGUCGCCCUUGCCGCCCUCCCUCUGACGCUCGUACACGGUCUCACCAUCAGCAACCCCACAGAGACCGUCACCUCUACCGGGCCCAUAACCAUCUCGUGGACCACCCAAUCCGGUGACCCGUCGACGUUCUCUAUUGAGCUCAUCAACCAGUCUUUCAACAGCCAGUACGCCAUCGCCAACAAUGUCGACUCCAGCCUCGGAUCUCUCAGCCUCACCCUCCCUCAGAUCCCUGCUGAGGAUGGAUACACGAUUGAGCUCGUGAAUAUCUCCAACAUCAACGACGUCUACGCUCAGACCAGCACUUUCUCCGUCUCAGAGCCAGUCAGCUCGUCAGCCUCCGCGUCGUCGACGGGGUCUGCCAGUGAGAGCAGUAGUGCCAGCGGUAGUGCCAGUGCCAGUGGAUCAGCUUCAGUUUCCGGGUCUGCCUCCGCAUCUGGCUCUGUUUCCGCCACCGCAUCCGGGUCCACCUCCCGCGCGAGCUCAGCCUCUGCCUCGGUAUCAGGCUCCUCCACCCGCGCGUCCUCCACCUCUCCCUCCGCCUCAUCAGCCGCUGCUACCGCUUCUUCCUCUGCGUUCAACGCUGCCUCGCGCGUGCAGAUCGGAGGUGCCGGUGUCCUCGCUGCUGUCUUGGCAUGGGUCAUCGCUCUCUAAGCAGACACUUUUUUUCCUUUUGGACAAGACUUUUUUGGGGCUUUUUUACGAACGAUUACGCACACUCAUACUUAUUAUAUAUACCUCUCUCCAAAACGUUCUUUUGAUGGACUGUCUACGUAUUGUACUCUUUACGUACCGUCAACCCGACCCGUACUUAUCGCCUGUCGUUGCUGUCAAUCAACGUCCGUUCUCGGUUGUUUUGUCGCGCCAUUAUUGCGUUGUAUUCGGUGGAGUUGAGCGAUGGCUGAGUAUGCUAAGGUUUCUUGACAGCCAUGAUGAGACAUAGACUAAACACAUAU